AGGUCGCCUUUUUCCCCCAUAUAAACACCUGACCUAAGCGCGAAGUUUUCUUUCCCAACUGGCAGAGCGAAUCUUCCUUCCAACAGAAGAGCACAAACAAAGAACAAAAAAGGAAAGCUGGUGAUCGUGGAACUGAGAAGAAACGUGUAGACAAGCGAAGUUUGUGGGUUUCAGUUGGACAAAGUGUCAGUUUAGUACGAGUUGAGCCGGGAAAAGAAAAUCAAAAACUAAGGAUUUGGAGAAAUCGAAAAUGUUCGGAGCAGCACUACACAUCACAUCAGCUGUCCUCCUGCUGGUGAUCGUCACUGUCUGCACGCCGACGAUCUUCGCAGAUCCGCGGACGACCAACGAAGAGGAUUUCGGCAUGACCGCUUACGACGACCCAGCAGCAUCAGCACCAUUAUUGCCACAAAACGUCGUCCCACACGUCAUGGCUGCCGACAAAGCAGCGAAACAAUUGCUGGGCCCGUUUUCCGUGCUUCGGGCUUCCGGGCGCCUCAACAAGCGCGAAACCCAGUACCUGAAUGACCUGUCCCGUCGUCUGCGCGACAUGUUCAUCGAAUACAAGAAAAGACAAAACGCGUUCCAGUUCGGACUCGGGAAACGAGCCCAGUUCAGCUUCGGUCUCGGGAAACGCGGCAGCAUAAGCAGUAGCAUUGAUCGGGACGUGGUUACGUUGGACGCACCCGCUGCUGCUGCAGACAGAAAUAACGAAGAAGCUGAGAUCGGAAACAAUGCUGAUGAUGAUGAUGAUGAUCGCAUCAUCGAAGACGCUGAGAUGAAUGGAGGAACAGGAGAAGAGAGCAAGAGGACGCAGCCAUUUGCUUUCGGGCUGGGCAAGAGAGCCGGCAGCAGAAGUGGCAGUAAAAUGUUCGCUUUCGGACUGGGCAAAAGGACUUUCCGCUUGUUGGGCAAACGACCGCUGUCGCAGAAGCAGUUCUCUUUCGGCCUGGGGAAACGAGCUCCACGGGAACCAUUUGCAUUCGGCCUGGGCAAACGUCAAAGGCAGAACGCGUUUCAAUUCGGCCUAGGCAAACGCGCUUCGUACAACGACCAGCGCUUCGCAUUCGGCCUCGGCAAACGGUCCUAUCUGUCGACUGAAGACGACAUCGACGACUCAGUCCCUGUCGACGACACUCUCGUCAUCCCCGCUGCACAAGACAGCACCGCGGCCAUCGACACCGACACCUUCGCUGCUCAUCAUCAUCAUCAUCCAGCAAACCAACUCGUCGGUGCUGGUUUCAACGGUUUCGGGCAUCCGAACAGCGGCAAGAUUUCCGCCUUCCGAUUCGGACUCGGGAAACGCAGUGUCGACAGUGAAGAAGCUGCUGCUGCUGCUGAUGACGAAGACGACGGUUUUGCUGCUCGUGUCGUAGAAAUUGUGACUAAUGCGCCAUUAGUUGCUGAAACGGAGUCUGCAGUUCAUCUGGAGUAAACGCGAAAUGGUUUUUUUGUGUGUUUUGUUUUGUCCUCCACGGAAAGACAAAAAAGAAAGUUCAAGUCUCGUCGUCGGUUGUUUCCAAUUACCUGCUGAGAAACCCCAACUUCAAGUUACCAAUGGCGGUUGCACAUUCUGCAUUUGCGAGUGAGGUAUCCGGAAAGUGUGAAUAAAAGAAAACCUUCUUUUCACUCCCAGAGUUUAUUUUACAAUAUUUGUUCAAUGGAAUAUCAUCAGCAUUCAAUUUAUCUCUCAGUAUGAUGACGAGCUAGCUUGUCCUUGUAUUAGUGGGAUCACUGUCCUUGAGAUUUUAUGCAGUGGGUGCAAAAAUAAUCGCUAACGGGACAAAAAUACUCUAUUUGAAUAAUGGAUUGCUGUUGAAAAAGGAAGACUUUUUAUUUGGAUAAAAAUUUAAAGCUUAAUCAUUGAGAAAGAAAUACGGUAAUAUGAUUUCAUGGUAGAUGUAAUCAUCAGUAUAUCAGCCGAACUUCGAUGGCCCUUGAUUCUGAAGUGAUAUUUUCUCAGCUGAAAUUGACUUAAAAGUUUAAAUUAUAUAUGCGAAGGAGUCACUGUCAAGUGCUCAAAUCGAACAUGAAUCGAAAACAGAAUCUGAACUCGCUCGCGAAUGCAGUGUGUGAAUCGCGUAACUCGUGA